CUUCUGCUGUGCCCCGCCCCCAUCCAGCCCAGAGCAGCAGCGCGCGGUGCCGGCCGGCAACCGCAGCUGGUCGGUCAUCAGGUCUCUGGGCCUCCACCUCCUCCUUCCCCCUCUCAACCCUCCCCGUGUCGCCUCCUCCCGAAUCCUCACACGUAGCCCCGCGCGCCACCUCGCUGCCGGCCGCCGGCACACAGAUAUAGAGAGAGAGAGAGAGAGAGAGAGAGACUGAGAGAGAGAGAGGGAGGGGAAGCGAAGAGACCAGAACAAGAGCGAAGAUGGUCGGACUCCUCCCCGAGACCAAUGCCGCGGCGGAGACGGACGUCCUCCUCGACGCCUGGGACUUCAAGGGCCGGCCGGCCCCGCGCGCCACCACCGGCCGCUGGGGCGCCGCCGCCAUGAUCCUAGUGGCGGAGCUGAACGAGCGGCUGACGACGCUGGGCAUCGCCGUGAACCUGGUGACGUACCUGACGGGCACCAUGCACCUGGGCAACGCCGAGUCCGCCAACGUCGUCACCAACUUCAUGGGCACCUCCUUCAUGCUCUGCCUCCUCGGCGGCUUCGUCGCCGACUCCUUCCUCGGCCGCUACCUCACCAUCGCCAUCUUCACCGCCGUCCAGGCCUCGGGCGUGACGAUCCUGACGAUCUCGACGGCGGCGCCGGGGCUACGGCCGGCGUCCUGCUCCGCGACCGGCGGAGGCGUCGUCGGGGAGUGCGCGCGGGCGUCGGGGGCGCAGCUGGGGGUGCUGUACCUGGCGCUGUACCUGACGGCGCUGGGCACGGGUGGGCUAAAGUCGAGCGUGUCGGGGUUCGGGUCGGACCAGUUCGACGAGUCGGACGGCGGGGAGAAGCGGCAGAUGAUGCGCUUCUUCAACUGGUUCUUCUUCUUCAUCUCGCUGGGGUCGCUGCUGGCCGUCACCGUGCUGGUGUACGUCCAGGACAACCUGGGCAGGCGCUGGGGCUACGGCGCCUGCGCCUGCGCCAUCGCCGCGGGCCUCCUCGUCUUCCUGGCCGGCACACGCAGGUACCGCUUCAAGAAGCUGGCCGGCAGCCCCCUCACGCAGAUCGCCGCCGUCGUCGUCGCCGCCUGGCGCAAGCGCCGCCUCCCUCUCCCCGCCGACCCCGCCAUGCUCUACGACGUCGACGUCGGCAAGGCCGCCGCCGUCGAGGAUGGGUCCUCCAGCAAGAAGAGCAAGCGCAAGGAGCGCCUCCCCCACACCGACCAGUUCCGCUUCCUGGACCACGCGGCGAUCAACGAGGAUCCGGCGGCGGGGGCGAGCAGCAGCAGCAAGUGGCGGCUGGCGACGCUGACGGACGUGGAGGAGGUGAAGACGGUGGCGCGGAUGCUGCCGAUCUGGGCGACCACGAUCAUGUUCUGGACGGUGUACGCGCAGAUGACCACCUUCUCGGUGUCGCAGGCCACCACCAUGGACCGCCGCGUCGGGGGCUCGUUCCAGAUCCCCGCGGGCUCCCUCACCGUCUUCUUCGUCGGCUCCAUCCUGCUCACCGUGCCCGUCUACGACCGCCUGGUGGUGCCCGUCGCGCGCCGCGUCAGCGGCAACCCGCACGGCCUCACCCCGCUGCAGCGGAUCGCCGUCGGCCUCGCGCUCUCCGUCGUCGCCAUGGCGGGCGCCGCGCUCACGGAGGUCCGCCGCCUCCGCGUCGCGCGCGAUUCCUCCGAGUCCGCCUCCGGAGGCGUCGUGCCCAUGUCCGUGUUCUGGCUCAUCCCGCAGUUCUUCCUCGUGGGGGCGGGCGAGGCGUUCACGUACAUCGGCCAGCUCGACUUCUUCCUGCGCGAGUGCCCCAAGGGGAUGAAGACCAUGAGCACGGGGCUGUUCCUCAGCACCCUGUCGCUGGGAUUCUUCGUCAGCUCCGCGCUCGUCGCCGCCGUGCACAGGGUCACGGGCGACCGCCACCCCUGGAUCGCCAACGACCUCAACAAGGGCCGCCUCGACAACUUCUACUGGCUGCUCGCCGCCGUCUGCCUCGCCAACCUACUAGUCUACCUCGUCGCCGCCCGCUGGUACAAGUACAAGGCGGGCCGCCCCGGCGCCGACGGCAGCGUCAACGGCGUCGAGAUGGCCGACGAGCCCACGCUCCACUGAUCCAUCCAUGUUCGAUCGAUCGACGAGGCACGCGACGGACGACCCUAAAUUGAACCCUAUACACCGAGCUUAAUUAUAUAUCCGUCCGAUCGUCGUCGGUCAGAUUCAUUGCUAGCUCCGCGUGUUGUACCAUCGUGUCAGUCAGUGUAUACGAGUGUGUAUCUUUUGUAUCCAAGUACAGCACGCGCGCGUGCGUAAGCGUGUAGUUAUAAAAAUUAAUAACAUGUUUCUUAGAGGAGUGAGGGGGGAAUUGU